GUUUUUCUUAUUAUUUCAGUUACUGGUACUGAUUACGAGAGGACCGUUAAUGAUAUGGUUGGAAUGGGAUUCAUGAGAAACGAUGUUGUCCGUGCCCUACAGGCUAGCUACAACAACCCAACAAGAGCUAUGGAGUAUCUAUGUGGGGAGCGUCCCAUGCCCACACUUGAGGAAGAGGCGGAGCCUCAGCCCCGGGGUAGCGGAGCCGGGGGACAACAAGUCCCUCUCACGUCCUCUCCCCCUCAAGCCCCUCCCACUCAGAGACCAGCCGGUCAAUCCCAACAGUCAACGCCUCCUUCAGCUGCUCCUCGUCCUCCUCAAGGAGGCCUAUCAGCUGGAGGUGGUCAGAGCGCAUCAAAUGUGUUGCAGGGAUUAAGUCAACUGCCACAGUUUCAAGCCCUGAGGGCUGCAGUCCAACAGAACCCAGGACUACUACCUAGUCUCCUUCAAGAAAUAGGACAGCACAAUCCUGAGUUACUCCAGUUGAUAAACCAGAAUCAGCAAGAGUUUGUUGAUCUAUUGAACCAGCCACCACAACCAAUAGGUUCUGGUCAGGAGCUGCCCCCAGGGACUGUGUCAAUACAAGUAACACAAGAAGAGAGAGAAGCCAUUGAUAGGUUAAAAGCUUUAGGUUUUCCAGAGGGAGAGGUCAUACAGGCUUAUUUGGCAUGUGACAAAAAUGAGACAUUAGCUGCUAACCUGUUGCUUAGUUCAGCAGAUGAUCCUGAACCCGGCCACGAUCCAGGAAGUGGGCAAGGCCAUGAUACUGACUCCGCCCAGUAAUUAAUUCUCUAGUUAUUAAUUGUUGUUAAUCGGUCAUUGCGUCUUUUUUGUCUGUCUCUGUGUGUCUACUUGUAUUAUGUUAGCACUGAUAAUACAUAAACAUAAAUAAAUAAAUUAUUAUUAUUAUUAUUAUUAUAGUAAUUGCUAAAGUUCCUAUUGUUGACCCUUUAUUAUCUUAACUUCAUUUGUACUACUUGA